AAUCUUUAAAGUCGUUCCCAACUCAAUUUGUUUAAUUGUCUUGAUGCAGUCGACUCAAAAACUUUGUUUUGGCAUAGAAUGUUGUCCUACGCGCCAUAAUUAUUGGAAUUCCUGGUCGACAACGAACACCAUGUCUUUAUUGCUUCCUCAUCAAUCAACUUCAUCAUCCAAAUCCCUAAUUUCACCAUCAGAUCAAACAUCAUCAUCACCAAACCCAAUCCUCUCUGCGCAUUUGUCCUUAAAUCGUGAAUAUGCAUUACGUUAAAGUUGUUGUUAGCAAUUGAAGAAAGUUGAUCAAAUUGAAGCCAACAUCUUCCUGGAAUCCUCUUACUAUCAUCGCCCGCCAACUGUUCGACGAAAUCCCUCUCUGAAAAGAUUACUGGUUGAGAAUUUAGCAUUCAAGCUACACCAAAUUUUGAUCCAACAUGGGUUACAUACAUGGCUUUGAUGAAAAUGUCGAGCAGACUGAUGUUGGUGCAGCAACCAGAAAAGGAAGAGAAAUCCUUCUUCAGGCUUUCAAUUGGGAGUCUCACAAAUCUGACUGGUGGAGAAACUUAGAGAAAAAGAUGUCUGAUAUCGCCAAAUCUGGGUUCACAUCUGCGUGGUUGCCACCUGUAUCUCAAUCUUUGUCUCCUGAAGGCUACCUUCCGCAGGAUCUAUAUUCACUUGAUUCCGCAUAUGGUUCUGAGGACUUACUGAAAGAUUUACUACAGAAAAUGAAGCAGCACAAAGUGAGACCCAUGGCUGACAUAGUAAUUAAUCAUCGUGUUGGGACUACGAAAGGCCAUGGAGGGAUGUACAACCGCUAUGACGGAAUUUCAUUACCAUGGGAUGAACAUGCUGUUACAUCGUGUACUGGUGGAUUAGGAAAUAGAAGUACUGGUGACAAUUUUGAUGGUGUACCAAACGUUGAUCAUACACAAUCCUUUGUUAGAAAAGAUAUUACAGAAUGGCUGAGGUGGCUGCGGAAUAAGGUCGGCUUCCAAGACUUUCGAUUCGAUUUUGCAAAAGGUUAUGCAGCAAAAUACGUGAAGGAAUACAUUGAAGGUGCAAAACCAGUGUUUUGUAUUGGAGAAUAUUGGGACUCUUGUAAUUACGAUAAUGGUCAUUUGGCCUACAACCAAGACAGUCACAGACAACAGAUCAUCAAUUGGAUCGACGCUGCAGGACAACUAGCAACUGCGUUUGACUUCACAACCAAAGGAAUUUUGCAGGAAGCUGUUAAGGGAGAAUACUGGCGUCUUCGAGAUUCCCAGGGGAAGCCACCUGGUGUAAUGGGUUUGUGGCCUUCAAGGUCUGUUACAUUUCUUGACAAUCAUGACACUGGCUCAACACAGGCUCACUGGCCCUUCCCAGAAAAUCACAUUAUGGAGGGCUAUGCAUACAUCCUCACACAUCCUGGAACACCAGCAGUGUUCUAUGACCAUUUCUAUGGCAGGGAGACCUCCAUUCAUGACCAAAUUGUGAAGCUGAUUGACAUCCGAAAGCAGCAGGAUAUUCACAGUAGAUCUUCUAUUAAGAUACUUGAAGCUCAACCGAAUCUCUACUCUGCAAUCGUAGGGGAGAAGAUAAGCAUGAAGAUUGGUGAUGGUUCAUGGUGCCCAACAGGCAAGGAGUGGAAGCUGGCAACUUCUGGUCAUAGAUAUGCUGUGUGGCAAAAGGAAUAACUAACCGGAAAAUUAACAUGAACAAUUUGACCUUUUAAAUAUCACACAUUAAAUCUCACCUUUAGACUUGAUCAAAAUAACCAUAUGAAUAGUAAGUGGGUAUAAAAAGGAACGUAGUUUAGAAUUGUUAAUACUUCGUAUAAUGCUAUGUAUUUCAUUUACCUUUAUGUGUGUGAAAUAAUGUUGCUCAUUUACCUA